AUGUUGUCAUUGGGUCAGUUAUUAAUUUUUGGACUUCUUGUAAAUAUCGGGAGUCUAGUGAAGUCUUCUGAUAAUUGUACACUUCGUCCAAGAGGAAGCACAAAAUUUCCAAAGAAUUUUAGUUUAGGUGUAGCAACAUCAGCUUAUCAGAUAGAAGGUGGAUGGAAUGCAGAUGGUAAAGGCCCAUCGAUUUGGGAUGAAUUCACACACGAGAAUCCAGAUAGAAUUAAGGAUAGAUCAAAUGGUGAUUCAGCAGCCAAUUCAUAUCAACUUUUCGAUUUGGAUUUAAAAGCAUUGAAGGAGUUGAAGGUUGAUCACUAUCGUUUUUCUAUUGCAAGGACAAGGAUUUUUCCAAAUGGCGAUGUUUCAUCGAGAAAUCAAAAAGGCAUUGAUUAUUACAACACUGUGAUCGAUAAACUCCUUGCUAAUGGCAUUGAACCAAUGGUCACCAUGUAUCACUGGGAUUUACCAGCUGAAAUUCAAAAAUUGGGUGGAUUUACAAAUUCAGUAAUAAUCAAUUAUUUUAUUGCUUAUGCUGAGGAAUUAAUUAUAAAUUUUGGUGAUCGGGUUAAAACUUGGAUAACAUUCAACGAACCAAUGCAAACAUGUAAGCCAGGUUAUGGAGAAGGAGGAUCAGCUCCAGGCAUAAAAUCUCCAGGAGUCGGUGAUUAUAUAUGCUUUAACAAUAUCCUUAAGGCACAUGCUGCAACCUAUCAUCUUUAUCGAUCAAAGUAUUUUGAGAAACAAGGCGGCAGAAUGGGAAUUACUUUGGAUACGUUUUUUGGAGUUUCAAAAACAAACAAUGAAGCUGAUGUAGAUCGUGCUUUACAGUAUUUGUUAGGAAUCUUAGCACAUCCAAUUUAUAGUAAAACUGGUGGAUAUCCUGAGAUUAUGGUAAAGGAUAUUGCGAAAAACAGUCAGGCUGAAGGACGAAAAGUAUCACGCUUACCAGAUUUCAAUGAAUACUGGAAAGCUACUAUUAGAGGAACUUUUGAUUUUCUCGGUUUAAAUUUUUAUACUUCAAAAUAUGUUGAGCGCCCUUCUGAGCCUUUAGGUGAAAAUCCAUCAAUGUUAAGAGACUAUGAUAUUGAAGAAACUGCUGAUCCAAAGUGGCUUAAAGCUAAAUCAAAUUGGUUAUAUUGUUACCCGUUAGGACUAGAAGGUUUGCUUAAAUUUGUUCGAGAAGAGUAUGAUAAUGUAGAAGUUAAAAUCACAGAAAACGGCUGGUCCGAUGAAGGUGAAUUAGAUGACAACAAUCGUAUUCUUUAUUAUAAGAGUCAUUUGCAAGCUGUUUUAAAUGCUAUCCAUGAUGGUAGUAAUAUUACUUCAUAUUCAGCUUGGAGUUUGGUUGAUAAUUUUGAAUGGAGUAAGGGAUACACAGAAAAAUUUGGACUAUAUUCUGUUAACAUGAAAAGCCCCAAAAGAGAGCGCGUAGCCAAAAAGUCUGCAAUUUAUUAUAGAAAAGUUAUUGAAACAAGGAGCAUUCCAGACGAAUUUUAAAUUAAAAAAAAAAAAUAAAUGAU